UGCUCUUUUAGUGUUUCAAAUGUCACUGGCCUGCAGGUCUGUCCUGUUUAGCAAAGAGGCUAUUCAGGAAAAACUGAAGUUCAGUUUGUCCUUUUAGCACAUUUUUUUAGAAGAUGUAUUUAAGGAAAAGUGAGAAGCUUUUUUAAGACUUAUUGAGACCAAUACUGAACUAAAACAUAGUGAAAUUUAAAUAAAUACACUAAAUGGUCCAGUGGUUAGUCUUUUCUGAGGCACAGGAAUGCUUAGUAUUUUAUUCCUGUAACUUCACAUUUGCAGCACAAAUAUGACUCAGCGUGAGUCAUAAAAAUUAAGUGGCAUCAGCGGAUAGUUCUCUUUAGAGUGCACCUUAAUCAGCAUGUUUUAUCUUUAUGACAGUUUUUUAAAGCAUCCAUUCAUUCUCUUAACUGCUCAUUUAUUUACGGACUCUUAGGUGAUGGAGUCUAUUCAUGUUGAUUUUGGGAGACAGAUGAGGUACAUGACAGGACAUCAGGUCAUCAUGAAUGGAUCGCUAAACAACUCCAACAUUUCUUAAAGUUUAAUGGAAAUACUUCAAAUAAUAAAAUAAGAUACAAAUAUGAAGGAGAGUCAGGUGAAGUCCACAACCUCUUUUGAUCAGCAGUUCACAGUUAUAACAGUCCAAGAAAUUCUGGUGAUCUGUACGUGCUCCUUCAAGAACAGCCAUCAAAACUCAUUCAUCACAAGUGUGAGCUUAAAAGAAAAAUACAUCAAACUAAUCAUUCCCUUUAUUAUCCUCUAGACAUCGACUGAUGCUGUUUUGUCUUACUAGAGUAAAAAUCGGAUAGCAACAUCCUUGGUACCAAGAAAAACACGGUGGAUUUGGUUGCCAGCUGGUUGUAUUCUGGGUAUAUUCAAAUAAAAAAAAAUUAGAAUUGUGAAUGCCUAUGUCAUGUUGCAGUUGAAUAACUGUCCUGCAGAAACUAUGCAAGAAUUUCUGUUUCAGAUUUUUGAGGUUGUGGCUGGACUGUAGAUGUAAGUAGUUAAUUUCUGUAUAUGCAGACAGCGACAGAGUUCAGAUUUGACGAGUUUAUCACAGUUAAUCGUUGUAUUACCACAAACCGAUUGGCAACUUGACCCCAUUCAAUCACAAACUGACAACAGACUGACUUCACGUUAUUGCCGUUUCAUCACAGUGUUGGCACACCAAAGUCUCUUUGAAGAUGGCAACUAACUGUGAGUGGUUGUCUUUAAAGCAACCACUUCAAAAGCAACAAGUUCCCAAAUUCAUUGUGUUCAGUGAUAAUAUUGGUCAUGCUAUCCCAGCAACUGUUUUCCCAAGUGUGACUGUAGCAUAACAGCCACUAUUGGGUCUCAUUUUUGAUGUUGGGUUGUGGCAUUAGCAAGAUGGCAAGAUUUCUGUCCAAGAUUAAUGGUCUAAUGGUGUAUUUUAAUACCAAACAGACCUAACCAAGUACUUUUUAGUGUCUAAACCUAACCAACAAGUGAACAUAAAUGAAGGUCAGAAGUACUAAUGGCUGAAAUGCCUUUUAACUCCACCACUCCUUCAACCUCCUAACAAAGAUUUUUUUGAUGGUCAAUAUUGACAGGGAUAGUUAUACACCUUGAAUAGCAUUGGUGGCAUUAUGUGACACAGCAGGAUGAAAGUGUGCUGUGCAAGUCUAUUACAGUGCAGAUGGAGACAACCAUCAAUUCCUGCUCUGAAUCCAUAAUUAAUUCAAUAUGCAUGUAUUUGGACUAUGGGAGGAAGUCCAUGCAGGCACAGGGAAAACAUGCAAACUCCACAAAAGAAAAAUGUAAUGAAACAUACAACAAAAAAGUGCUAGAUAUAUAGCUUAGUAUAAGAACUGAAGGCAACCAAGAAAGACAAACUCCAAAAGUACAAAACAAGACCACAAGUAAAGAACACAGGAAGGCAACAAAACAAUCUGACAUACACAAAGGAGGGAAAAGAACAAAAGCAGGAAGUCAAACCAAAGCAAGACUAACUUUCAAAGUAAAACAGGAAGGCAAAAAACUAACAUGAGAGAUGAAGACAAACCAUGAAAAUUUUAAAUAUGAGAAGCUAAGAAACAGUGUAACCAGGACCAUCAAGGAAUCAUUUUCUUAUCCUAGUUUUUGAUGCAUGUGGAUUUAGGAUAAUCUUUCUGUGAUGUUGAAAUCUUACCUCGGGUUGCUAAGGAAGAGUAAAAUGAAUACCCCAUUUCUUCUUUUAUCUGGCUGAAUACAAAUAUUCACCCUUGUAUUGGAGAUUUAGAACAUACAGGUACCUUUUUUCACAUUUGAAAAGGUAAAUGUACCUUUAGGUCCAUUAAUUAGCUAUAAGGAGGACAUUCCACGUAGAUUGUACAUGGACUUUUACUCUAGCCCCGUUUCUGAGACUGUGCACCCUUUUCUUGUUAAGAAACCAUCUUUAUUUGUCUAAAAGAAGACGGUUCACAUUAAUAACCAGGCUGAAGGUAAGGAUUAUUCAGCACAGGACGUGCACAAGGGCCAAACAACAAAAACACACAUACACACACACACUUAAGUGCUCCUCUGUGUGUUAACAGAUGAUGCAAGAGGCGUUGUCAGCUGCAUGCACUCAGACAUCUGCAGGCUGUUUAGGAUCAGAGAGGUGGAGUCAGCUCUGCUAUUGGCCAGAGGGGGAACAGAUCUUGACCCUGGGGACUGACACCACACCCAUCCGUGUGUGUGUUUGUGUGUUUUUGAGUGUGUUUUGAAUUGUGUGUGUUGUCCAACGUACACUCUGUCGGUGUAAGAAGAGUUGCCUGCUGACUCUCAGAAACUGGUGACUUCAGUAUGAACGCUCACGCAACAGUGCCCCCUUUGUCAGGAACAAGCCCCUCUCCUUUUUCAGACCUUGUGACCAAGAUAGGACCCAAGGAAACCUAUGACACUGGAGAUUUUGCCGCUUUGAUUGGUGGAAUCGUAAGUGUAGUUUUGUUGUUAAUGAUCUGCGUCAUCGGCGUGCUGAUGUGGUGCCUGUCCAGACAUAAAGGCGAAUACGUGACCAACGAGAUGGAGGACAAAGACGAGGACGCCGACAGUGGUGACGGCGACUCCGUUGGCUCUGAUGAAGCGCUCCAAUCUGAGGAACCUCUGACAGCCAAAGAGGAGGAAUAAAGGGGGGGGGGGGGAAUGGAAAAUAGUGACAAAAGUGUCACUCACGUUGCAGACUUGAGAGCUUUGUAGCUUUGUUGCACUCAUCAAACAACAAAGAUGUGAGAAGGGAAGUUUAACAUUUUUAGAAGUAGCCGGUUUUAAAAAUUGCACUGAGCACCUUUGCACGUUGGCACCACUAAAUGUGAGCAAAGCACAACUGUCUGAAAUGUGAGCCCUUCUCAGGAAUGUGAACAACCAAAAGAAACUAAGAUGUGGUUUGUGUUCGGUAGACCUGUGUUUACAUUGUUCCCUCGUUAAAAGCUCCACUUUAAUGCAGCGACGUUGCAUAAAUUACAAGCAGGCAUUUCCAUGACUAUGACUGACUGUGGUAUCCUGAAGCUAUGGUGGCCCCAAGGUGCCAAACAGAAAAAUAAAGCAGAAAACACAAAACUUAAAGUAAUGAAAGAAAAAACAAGAUGAGCUCAACUACAAUAAAAAAGAGAGAAAAGAUGAAACAGAAAGAACAGAAAAAACUGCAAAAAGAACAAAAACAGUUUUAAAAGCAGCAGAAAACAUAAACUAAAAAAACUAAAAAGUUAUUCAAAAGCAAUAAAUGUUUUCUAAAAUAUUGUUUUUCCAUUUUUUACUGUUGUUUUUCAUUUGUUUUUUGAUUUCCUCAUUUGUUUUUUUCAUAUGAGUAUAUGUUUUGUUGAUGAUGUUUUAUAUAUUACCUAUAAUAUAUCUUUUAAUGCCCUAACAAAAAGAGUCACACACUCUGAUGUUUUGUUGCUCUACCUUUAGCUUUGAUGCUGGCAUGCAAUCGCUGUGGCAUCAUUUUUGAUAAGCUUGUGCAUUGUUACACUUAUUUCCCUCCAGAUUUGCCUUCAUUUUUCUCCAUGACUGUGUAUUGAUCGUGAGUGCGGUCAGAUGGCUGCAUAAAGGGUUCUUCAGCACAUCUCAAAGAUGGGGUUAAGGUCUGGACCAAUCCUGUUGUGACCAAUCCAUGUGUGAAAAUGAUGCCUCAUGCUCUUUAAACCACUCUUUCACCAUUUGAGCCCAAUGAAUGCUGUCAUUGUCAUCUGGGAAGAUGCCUGCACCAUCAGGGCAGGCAGAACCUGGUCAUUCAGCACAUUCAGGCAGCCAGCUGGCCUCACCGUUUGAGCAUAAAUCAUUGAUAAACGUAGACCUGACCAACUGAACUGAACCUCACAUCAUAAGACUCCCCUCACAGGUCUCUACUAUUGGCACUAGGCAUGCUUCUUCAUCCCAGUGAUGAUUGAUACAACCUCAAAAUUUAAUUUUUAAAGGACAUUUGUGAUAAUGAUAUUUGUGUCUGAAUAACAUUUGAUCUCAGACAGCAGCAUUUAUGAGUGCAAACAAAACAAAGGGCAUUUUCCUUCUUUUCCAUUGAGCUACUGUUACUGAUGGUUGAUUAGCUAAUGUGCCAGCACCAAGCUACAGUGGCAUUAUAGUCCAAUAGUAGCCUUACAUACUGUGCCACAACCUUAGUUAGAUCUAGGUACAAAAGUAGCCCAGGCAGGGAAAUAGCUUGGAAAUAGCUUAAAUAAUUAGCUUAACAGUGCUAACAUAACUGAACCUUGUAAAUCUUCAGGAGCUGAACAAUAAAACAAAACUGAAAAAUAAUUUAAACCUGGCCCUGCUUUUCCAUCGUGUGACAACAUUAGAAAUUUCCAUCUGCUUCUUGCUCUUUAAAUCUUAUAGAGUGGAGCUAGCUCCAGCCAUGCUAGGUUGACUUUGCUUCCUUUUGAUUGCUAGCAUCUGCUCCUCACGUGCCUUCAACCAUGUAUUUUUUGCCUCAACUUUUCCUCCAUAUUUUGCAGCGUACUGUAUUUUGUUGGUGGUUGUUGAAGUAGCUUUCUGUUUUACUCAGAGGCCUCUCUCACUGUGAGAAGUGCCUGUGUUGUGCCUCUAGUGUGAAUAUGGCACAGCCCUAGCACCCAUCCCUCUGGAGCUAAAUAUGCGCUCGCCAGAUAACAUGACCUUUUCCUUAAGGUGGUUUCCUUAAGGCUGUACAGCCUUUUAAUGCCAAUCCCCUGAUUUUCUCUUCGCACUGCCUGUGGAAGCACUCUUAACUUUGUUAUUAAACUUUGCCAUGAGCUCUACUAUCAUUUUUUUUAAUGAUUUGAUUUCACUAAAUAUUUACGUGAUCAUUAAUGAUUUUUCUCUGGUUACAUUUCAUGAUUUUUAUCAUUGUCCACUUUUUGCAGUUUCAGAAAUGGUCUUCGUUGUUAAAAAAAAAGUGUAACAUCUUCUCCACAUCCCUUCGAUACAUCCUCCAACAUGGUUGUUUAACAAAAGAAAGAAGUUCUCACAGCAUCUGUUAGCGUUAAAUAAGCUUUUGCCAGCAGAAAUAUAUUAAUGACUGCAGUAGUAAUCCAGUGGAAAGCUUUUAAAUCCAGGCAGACUUUUCUUUCUUGGCAGAGCAGUGUACAUCUUGUGUUUUCCAUUUUCUCGCUGUGUUGUGCACCUUGGGGCCAGCAUAAAGAUUCUCUUGCAGAAACAACUCGCUGAGUCCAUAUUAUUAAUAAUUCUCGUGAUUGACGCACAAAAUAAAUGGCAACACAUUUAAAUAACCUUUAUUUUAACGUUGGUAACAUUUUGUUCCUGAGUACUAAGUCGUUUUUCUCAGCGUUUCAAGAAUUUGGCCUCAGAUCUCACAUUCUUCACAAGCUUCUUAUUUCUAAAACUUUUACAGCUGUUGCGAGUCUCUAUGCUGUCAGGCAGUUUUUGCAUCAUCCUGCCAAAGAAGCUGAAAGGUCAAAUGAGCCUAGCAGACGAAGAUAAACAUCUACCGGAGUGCUUACUGCUGGUGAUUUUCCAUUGUGUUUGUUGUCAUAUUUUAAGCUCAAAGUAAUAAACAACUAACUACAGGUUGGAGUCUGACUAACACGUGACAGUUAUGAAUCAGCAGGGAGGAAAAAAUCUUUGUAAAUUUCCAGCCCAGAGUGGUGCAUUUCUGUCUGUUUUCCCAUCAUCAAAGCUCCAGUUUUCUGCUCCAGCAGACUUUAUUGAUUUUAUCCUGUUUUAGUAAAAUCUCUUUUAUUUGCUGAUGUUUUUCUAAAAGUACAUUAAUAAACUUGAUACUUUGUGACA